AUGGAUGGAGCACGAACAAGUUUGUUACUAAACUUACGAUGUUGGCGCAGUGGGUGUCACAGACGUCAAAUUGGUAGCAUGGCUACUACCUUACCAAAGGAGAUUCAGAGAAUUGUGGGAGAGCCGCAACAACAGUCACCAUUACAAGUACAAGAACUCAACGCAGUGCUUACGUUCAUGCGGAAAGGUCGUAACUUAACGAUAAAACAGCGCGCUUCAAUUAUUCAGGGAUUGUAUCGACGAGAUGCGCAUCGUGAAGUUGUCACUGUAGCUAAAUCAGCACUUUUUGAUGGAGACCAGAAUUACAGAGAAAAUGUAUCCGCUGUUGAACUCAAAAAGUUCUUUUCGUCGCUUAUAUCUAUGGGCAGAACAAUGCAGCUGGCAGAGAAAAUGUUUCAAAUGAUCAAACAAUUCUCGUUGACACGUAAUACCAUGGUUAUGAGCGUCAUCAAUGCAACCUUUGUCCAAACCUCUACACAAUAUGACGUGCCAGAAACUCUACUCGUGUGGAUUAAACUUUACAAAUACCUAGAAGGGCACGCUGAUUUUACGAAUUACGAAAUUGAUAAACCCGUUUUGAAGACUCUCUUAUUUUAUCUUCGAAGUAAAAAGCUAGAUCUGAGUACCAUUCAGGAGACGCUGGAGUUGAUCGGCGGUACACAAGGCCCUCUCAUGGCUUCCCAAUUUGCUUCUACUUUGAUAUAUCUAACCUCGUACAACCGGGACUUUGACCUGACGGAAGGCCUCUGGAACUACAAGAUUGAAAAGAAGUAUCCAAUUAUUAGCUCCGAUUUAACCCAGAUCUGUAAAGCAUACUGUCAUUUUGAAAAAUUUCGUCUUGUCCAGCAGACUCAUUCCCAGCAUCCAGAAGCUCACGAUGACAACUCACAGUUUGAUUAUCUUCUGAUCGCCUAUGCCAAGCAGCAGGAUUGGCAAAGUCUGCAAAAUCAAUUCAAUGCCCUUUUCGGCAUUGGAGAACUGCCAAAUAUAAACCAUUAUGGAAUAGUCAUGUUCUCAGUAGCGCGUUUGGGAGAAAAAGAAAUGGUUGAAAAACUCUACCACCAACUUCUAAGAAGAAAAAUGAUUCCGACAUUACCAGUACUACAAGCCUUGUUGCAAGCUUACUAUAAAAUUGGGGACUUUAACGGUUGUUUUCAGCAUUUUGAACUCUUUAACAAAUAUGAUAUUAAACCAACUCCGUCUACGUGCCAAAUAAUGCUUCAGGUAUACCGCAAUUUAUGCGACGUAGACGGGUCAUUGAAAUUUCUAAAAAAGAUGACUGAUUCCAAUGUUGAAAUGUCGGAGCGACACUUUUCAACAAUUAUCAAUACAUGCGCGAAGACGACAAAUCAUGCUAUCGCAGAACAGCUCUUCCAAGUCAUGAAAUCUUACUACAAUAUAAUUCCAACGGGUGCUUCAGUCGCAGCACUGGCACAUGUUUACAUUGAGAGUAACAUGCCUCAGCUUGCACUGAAGCUGUUCAAAGAAUACUGCAACUGCAAGCCACCGUUGGAAAAUGAAAUUGCCAUCUACAAUAAAGCUGCAGAGGCAUAUAUGCGCAUGGGUCUCAACGACAUGUCUGAGAAGAUUUUUGAGGAAGUUUUGGGAAAGAAUCUUCCAGCAAACUCUGAAUUUUACACAGUUAUGAUAAAACACCUGUCCUUGUACAUGAAAGACUACAGCACUGCAGAGAACGUUUUAGAUCAAUUACUGAAUCACCCAAAACUCAAAGCAUCCCCUUCGCAUUUUGAAGCACUAAUGAAGGCAUAUGAUAGAGUCUCUAAUCGCGACGCAGUUCUAAAACUGUAUCAAAAGAUACUAGACAAUAACGUACCAGUAAACUCUAAGAUUCUCUAUUAUCUGAUAAAAGCCACUUUUAAGAUGAGACUGAGGUCUAAAGAAAAUCUAGACGAUGCAAUAGAUCUUGUUGACGACAUCAUGAAUCGAGCCGCCAACAGAACACUCGACAUCACUUUUGAGAAACUUCACCCGUCGGUGAUGGCGUGGCCUAUGAGGGCAGCAGCCAAGUUCCAUAGCCCUAUGAGAGCAAUCGAAUUGAUGAAUAAGUACAAUGAUUUGUUUUUCGAGAAAACGGAGUCAACCGCUAGCAACCUUGUUGUGAUGAGAAGUCUUCUAGUCUUGUCUGCAGAGGUCCAUCAAUGGGAUGAUUUCCAAAAAAUUUACGAAAGAUAUAUGACGAAAAUCUCCUUCUAUCAGAAUUUACCAUCUGCAAUUGUUAGAAAUAAGAGACUAGACUCACUACUGAUUGGUAUUUUGAGUUACAAAAUAAAGCAUUUAGUAGCUUCAGACCGUGUCACUGAAGUUUCAAAAUUGUUGAAAGACACCUCAGAGAAGAAUCUGGUGAUCGAUAACGAUGCUUGGAAUGAAGCUAUUUUGAGCAUGUUUGCUGAUACACGUACGAUAGAAGAUGGCAUUCAAUUGGUUGAUUCAAAACUCAUCCACGGUUUCAAUGUAACCCACAAGUACAGGCUCUUGAGGAAACACGCUGCUGCAAAUACCUCCACAGACAGAAACUCUUGGUUUUUAGAAAAGAAGAGACAAAAUCCUAACAGUUUCCAGCCUAAACUGUACUUGAAAUCUAGCGUCUUUGACAGGGUUACUGAGGCUAUGGACAAUUACUUGAACACUCAAAGUGAUUUGGAGACAGAGCUCACAAGGCUUACAACACACUACAAGUAUUUCAUGAAAAGUUAUUUGAUGAGCCCAAGAAACAAAAUUUCUGAGUGGGCAGACAUCGAAACAAGGCAUGCUCCAUACUUGCAAAAGAUUAGAAGUGGCAAGAGGGCGAUUAAUACCGGCGAAGUGCCAUUUUGA